CAGGUAGCUCUGGCAUCGACUUACAAAGACUAACCUGUGGAGUGGCCAAGAUGGAAAUGCCAACAUCCUGAAUCAUGGGUGUAUUUAUUGCGUUUACAACAUUAGAAAGAGAAGUAAUCAGACGUGUGAAGCAUUAUAGUAAUGUUAUGAAUAUGAGAAUGGUGUAGUGUUAUGUGUUUAAAGCCGUUUGUGUGAUGGGUUCCUAGAAAUUAUAGUGCAGUGUGUUAUCAGGAAUCCUUUGAAAGUACCGUUUUCUCUCAACGCUUCAUACCUGCAAGACCGUGACGCAGGGAACCGAAGUCUAAAACGGUGGAUGACUUUCUAGGAAGAAUUAUGGGGAAUCAUAACAUUUUGCCAAACAUGAAGAAUUCUCAAGAAAGACCAAGAAUUUUAUGGUUUUAUCUUCUGCUGUUCUUGUGGGGUUUGAGCGUGGAAGCUCAAUCUUUAAUAAACCGUGCUCCCCACUUCCUGCCUGGAGGCGAUAUGGCAAGGUUUUCACUACCUGAAGAUACCAAAGUUGGCACGCCUGUAUAUCGAUUGCGAGGACUCGAUCCAGAAGGCUCUAGUGUGCAUUACAGCAUCAGUGGAGAACAGUUGACAGUAGAUCGUAAAUCAGGAAUUGUUUCAUUACUCAGGCCAUUGGAUCGGGAAUCUGUUGAUCUGGUGGAAGUCAUAAUAAGCAUUACAGAUGAGGGAAUUGCAGGAUCCGAACCCAACACGGUGUCUCUGCGUCGAGAGAUCCCAAUUCUGGACGUCAAUGACAAUGCACCGGAAUUUCAAGGUCGUCCUUAUUCAUUCGCUGUGGCCGAGACUACACGUGUUGGGACGACUGUCUUCAGCAACAUUACGAUAACUGACAAAGAUGGAGGAGUUAAUGCUGAUAUUAUCUUAAGCUGUGCUGCGGAUAAAGAUAAUGAAGAUGCGUGUUCAACGUUCGAUGUGGCAACGGAGAAGAUAACUGAGGGAGAGUACGUGGGCAUAAUUUCACUUCUGAAGCCCCUGGACUACGAGCAACGUGCAGGGUACAGUCUGGUAUUGAAGGCGACCGACGUGGCCUCCGAAUCUUCCGCGAGGUUGACAGCAGUUGCUAAUGUCGCUAUCGAUGUGAUGGACAUUCAAGACCAACCUCCUGUCUUCUUGAAUUCUCCUUUCUCCGCAACCGUAGCUGAAGGCACAGCACCUGGCACAUCUGUCUUGAACAUCCGAGCAAGGGACGGAGACUCGGGCGAUCCGAGGAACGUGACGCUCGCUAUCGAAGGCGACGUGCUUGGUUACUUCUCGCUGGUUCAAUACGCGCACAGUCCGACCAGCGCAGUUUCUGUCGCUGACUUAGUUACGUCUAAUAAGUCAAUAGACAGGGAACAUCCAGACAUUUUUCAGAAUGGCGGAAUUUAUGUCUUUUCAGUUAAAGCCACGGAGUUAAUAAAUAAUGAACUUCCCGGGGACACGGCUACGUCACAAGUUACAAUUGUUAUUACAGACGUAGAUGACCAGGUUCCAGUAUUUAACGAGGAUAAUUUUCACAUUAGCGUGUCAGAAGAUAUUGGUGCUGACACACCUUUACCAGGCCUGAAUAUGGUCGUUAAUGACCGUGACGUAGGAGAGAAUGCUCGCUAUACUUUAAAACUUCGCGACGUAAAAAAUUCAGCUGGAACGUUCACGGUACACCCAUCAGUUGCGACUGGACGUACUCCGGUCGUAAUAAGAGUUGCAAAUGUUAAAGGAUUGGACUAUGAUGUGGAAGAUCCUUCCCUUAGAAAAAUUGUGUUUGAUGUUGUGGCGGUGGUUAAGGGGAAGCAGGACUUAGAUGUGGAAGUGGCCAGUGCACGAGUAACUGUUGAUUUGGUCGAUGCAAAUGACAACUCUCCCGUCUUCCCUCAGUCUGCGUAUCGUAUUCGUGUCUUGGAGAAUGUUCGUCCGGGGUCAUUGAUCUCUAACAUCACUGCAAAAGAUGUAGACAGUAAAGAGUUUGGUAGCGUAACUUACUCUAUCAAAGGCUUUGGAUCUGAGAAGUUUUAUACGCAAUCAAAAGAAGGAGGUUUAUAUGUGGCUAAAUCUUCUCCAGGUUUAGAUUAUGAAACCCAAAAAUCAUAUUCGUUAACCUUUGAGGCUCGUGAUGGUGGAGGACGUGUUUCAACAGCAAAUCUGUUUGUGGAAGUGGAGGAUGUUAAUGACAACGCACCUGUUUUUGAACAGAGGGAAUACGGCCGUACAGUGAGGGAAGGAGCAACUAGCUUUCAACCUCAACUAUUUGUUAGGGCAAUAGAUGCUGAUGGUCCAGAUCAAGGUGGGGGGAAAAUAUUUUAUAGUAUCCAGUCAUCUAAUGUUGAUAGGGAUGUGUUCUUUGUGGAGCCCGUCAGCGGAGAAGUAAAAAUGAAUUCUCCAGUCAACUCAUCUGAUACACCACGUGGCCAGUAUGAACUGAUGAUCAGAGCUACGGAUGCAGGCAAGCCACCUCUUCACGAAGAAACACGAGUGCUGAUUCGUGUGGGAGUACCAGGCAACCAAAGACCUAUAUUCCGUGGUAACAGAAAUGUUGGAAAUGGUCCAUCAAGUUAUGCGGCCACUGUACAAGAGAAUGCAGAACCAGAAACUGAAGUUGUGCAAGUGAUGGCCACAGAUCCCGAUGGUCAGGACUCGCUUCUGAAUUAUUUUAUAGCUGGAGGUGCUAGAGACAACUUUGUCAUCAACGAAAGAUCUGGCCAGAUCAGAGUGUCACCCGAUGCUCGCCUUGACCUUGAAACUGGUGGUUCUCACUAUGACAUAAUUGUCCAUGCCGUCGAUUCUGGUACGCCAAUAAGAGAGACGGCUACUGCUACAGUAGCAGUAGAGAUAACCGAUGUGAACAACAAGCCUCCCGUCUUUCAGGCAAAUGACGCUUCGGCUUUUGUUCGCUACGUGUCGGAGAGAGUUCCAGUUGGUGAACAUGUACUGACAGUAAAAGCUGUAGAUCCAGAUUCAGAUGCCAAAGUGGUAUACUCCAUAGUAGAGCCCAUUAAAGCUGCGGACAGAACGGGAGUCGCUUUGAAAUCUAUCGUUCCUUACAAUUAUAAAGCUGCGUUUAAAAUAAACUCAACAACAGGUGAAGUGUUUGUAGCCAAGUCAUUAGAUCAUCAAGCAGCAGCUGUAAUCAUCAUUACAAUUCAGGCCAAUGACGUAAAUGCUGUCGAACACGUUCAAGAUCAGUUUGCAAAAGCUGAGGUUACAAUUUAUAUACAAGCGUACAAUAACAGCAAUCCAGUUUUUACGAUAUCAACGUGGACACCAACGAACCCUGUCAUAAAGGUAGCGGUACGAGAAGAACAGCGUUUAGGAGCGACCUUAAUGACAUUGUCAGCUAAAGAUCCUUUGGAUGGGAGGAUUAUUUCGAAAUUUGAAGAAGUGAAAGGAGCACAGGAUUUUGUUAGCGUGGAUCCUCAUUCAGGAGACAUAAUUCUGAACAAGAGAUUGGAUUAUGAAAGCUUGCAACAAAAGUCAUUCAGUUUGCAAGUUCACGCAAUUAGCGACGAUGACAAAAGGACGAGUGAAGCGACAGUAAUUAUUGAAGUUCAAGAUAUAAAUGACAACAGCCCUCAAUUUUCUCAAGAGAGCUAUAAAACCCGAGUAUUUGAGUCUGCAAAAUAUCCUGAAAAAAUAUUGACUGUAAAAGCCAAUGAUCUUGAUAUAAAUGACAACAAAACAGGUUAUGGAACUAUUCGUUACUCUUUAAAUGGUGGAAGUGCUGCGUUGUUUGAUGUUGAUCCCGUAUCAGGAGUCGUUAAAAUUGCUCCAAAUGUUACGCUGGAUAGGGAGAAGCAGCCGCUAUUGAGGUUUAAUGUCGUGGCAUCAGACACUCCUCAAGGUGGCAGUGAACAGCGCAAGUCUAUUGCAGUGGUUUUAGUAGAUGUGCUAGAUGUGAAUGAUAAUGCUCCAUCGUUCACGAAGCGCAUGUACUCGGCAGUUGUACCAGAAAAUGUAGCGGUGGGCACCGAUGUUACUACUGUUACUGCAGUGGACCCUGAUGAUGGAGGUGGAGGACAGAUAACCUACGAUCUGUCAAAUGAAGGAGAAGCAAAUGGAUUGUUUGCUAUCAAUCAUACCACAGGACAUAUCAAAACACAAAAGGCCCUUACUGGCAAAGGUCGUACAGAACCCUACCAUCUGAUAGUACGAGCACAAGAUGGAGGGAACCCAUCAUUAUCAAUGGAUGUACCUCUUAGUAUAUAUAUAGGAGAUGUUUUCACCAAUGAUGGAGUACCGCUCUUUAUUCGACCAACGUUCAAUGAAGUCGCUAAAAUUUCUGAGAAUUCUUCAAUAGGAUCUCCAGUUUUCCAGGUGAUGGCCACAGAUCCUGAUGAUCCAAAUUCACCAAAUGGGAAGAUCUCAUAUAAAUUCCUAGAUGAUGGACUGGAUGCAGUUGCUUUCAAUAUUGAUGACGACACUGGUCUUAUCAGUACAAGGCUACUGCUUGAUCGAGAGCAGAAGGAAAAUUAUUCUUUAAUCGUUGUCAUUCAAGACCAUGGUGAUCCUCCUCAGCAGGCGUCCAGGGUAUUACAAGUUCAAGUGCUUGACAUCGAUGAUCACAAACCUCUUUUCAAGAGGGGACUGGAUGAUGAACCACAAGGUCUGACCAUCAGGGAAGAAGUAGAUAUCGGUACAGAAGUCGGAACAGUCGAAGCGGUGGAUGACGACAUAGGUGAAAAUGGAAUGAUCGAUUACCUCAUAACAUAUGGUAAUGAGGAUGGACUAUUUUCUAUAAUGCACACAUCAGACAACAAAGGAAUGAUUACCGUAGCGAAGAGAUUAGAUCGAGAGGCAGCCUCAGAACACUUAAUAACUGUGAAGUGUUUUAAGAAGUCUUCCAGGCCUCGCAGUUUGAGGAAACAGUACAACAGACAGGAUCCAUCGGAAAGGCAAGUGAGAAUUAUAGUACUGGAUAUCGAUGAUAACAAGCCUGUUUUUACAAAGGAAAAUAUCACUAUAGGCGUUCGCCUGAAUGUUCCUGUGGACAAAAAGGAAGCUAACGACAUCGAUUCAGACGCUCAACCUAUCACGUACAGCCUAGUCAACUCUACGUUUUUCUCUCUAGCACCAUCCAUUAUAGACACAGUGCCGGUGUCAGCCAAUCACAGUGCAGUGUUCAGACUCGACAACAAGACAGGAGAACUGAGAACGGCGAGCAGCAUGGUUGGCUUUGUGGAUGGCUUCUUUGAAUUGGACGUGACGGCAAACAAUAGUGAAUUUAGCGGAAGAGAAGUUAAUACAACAGUCAAGAUAUUUGUGCUUCGUGAUCGAGACCUUUUGAAGUUUGUGUUCAGCAAACCACCGACAGAUGUCAGACGAGUACUUAACGACUUCCAGAGGGAGGUAGAGAAGGCGCUUCUGCUUCCUGUCAGUCUCAACAUUUAUGACACUCAGUUUUAUGCCAAGGAAGAUGGCAGUCUUGACUUCAGCAGUACAAGUUCCUGUUUCCAGUUGGUUGGUAAGGAAAGCUACGACCUUAAUGACAUGCAGUCGUUGCUUCAGGAUCCAAGUAACAUUGACCUGAACAAAGUUUAUGAUAAAUACAAUGUGGAAGGUGUCCAGAGAUGCGCUCCUCUUAUCGUUAAAGCAGAGGCUUCUUGGAUUCAGCUCUGGGUAUUAGCAAUUGCGUGCUUCAUCGGAUUAGGUGCUCUGAUGGCUGGCAUAGCUACGUGCUGCUUACAUGGAAGGUACAAACGUCAUGUAAAGCGGAGUUUGUUACGAGACUGCCCCCGAGUUCCUGUUUCUAGUAUUGGGUAUUUAUCAGGUACAGGUGCCUCAUCUACGAUGAUUAUAACGCCCUCGGCUGCUUUAUCAGAAGGACCGCGAAUGUACGAAUGGGCGCACGACGGCCCAGGAUUACCUCCGGGUCAUGACAACAUGUCGUACCAUAGUUUCCCAACAAGUACAGGUGGUAAAAUGGAAUCGUAACAGCUUUGACCGAACGGAUGGGUGACAGAUGGCCGAAGCAGCGCAGCCGUCAAUGCACACUUUGAAUUCAAUUUUAGGUUAAGAAUACAGUGCAAAUUGGACAAGAGAUCACAUUGACCCAGUUGCUUGAUGACAUUCUCUGUCAGUGAAAUUAGCAUCGUGAACGGAUGUAAGCUCACGCUGUGAGAUGUCUGGUUAUUAACAAUCUGUCUAGGUCCGUAAUAACUAGUCUCAUCAGUACGAAUUUGUAUGGACGAGAGACUCAGCAUGGAACUGCGCUGUGUUAAUCCACCAUAACUAAGGUCACUUUCUUCUUUUUUAGAGAGUGGAAAAUAACGGCAUGGUGAACGCGUGUGUAUGAUUAGCAGCCGUGUGUAAAGUGCAGAAAUAUUAUCAGUGUUGAAAAGAAUAUGAAAUCCAACUACUUGCAAAUGUCGGAAGAAUAAAUUUGUUUAUAUUCGUAAUCUUAUUCAGAGCUGCCAACAUCGCUUUCGGAUAACUACAGUCUUUUAUUUCUUACUUUCCCUCGUUUAAGGUUUUAUCCGUCUCAUGUUGUUUGCAAAUUUACAGUGUCGUCUUCUCAUUUGGACAUUACAGUGAUUCGUACUUGACUAAACUGAUAAUCGAUCAUCUGGUUAGGAAUUCUUGGUCGUUUAUAAAAUUCAAGGAUCCGUUACGUUAAACUACAGCCUGCUACAAGAUCAUAUCCUGAGCAGCUUGGAACCAGGAAAAAACCUCGCAUUCGAUUUCAUUAAGAUAUUUGUUUAUUUUAUGCUCCAGUCUGAGUAAAUGAUCUUUUCCCUUCAGGUUUUCCCAAUAAAAUUUUGUGUGCAUUUCUCACCUAGUACGCUUUCUGCAUAUCGGAGCCUCUUCCUGAGCUCAAUACGCCUGCCAGGUAAUUCAUGUGCUUUGAAAGACUGAAUAAAAUCACUAAAAUUAGCCACAGGCAGGGGAGACAUUCCAAAUGGAAUACAAUCUCGAAAGGUAAGAACCGCGUGGUAGAGAAGUGAUCUAUAUACCCACAAACAUUCAAUCAUGAUGCGUGGCGCCGCUCUGUGACAACUUGAUGCAUUAAACUGUUUCAAGUUAACGCCGCUGAUGCAGAUGGCGUUUGUAGAACAAAACUGUUUGGAUAGAUUACUUCGGAUAACCUGUCGUCCGAACAAUGGUAAUUAUUAAACUUUCUAAGUUCUCUGUGGUUAUAACAUCAAAAAGGAAGGAACUGGACAUUAUUUCAGAGCUGUCCUCAAUUAUUUAUCUGCCUGUCGUUUUAAUUAGGACUAAAACUAAAGCCUACAUGCAAACGAAUAACAAAAUAAUUAAAAUAAUUUAUCAGUUAUCCAAGCAGAUAGCAGCACUUAACUUCCUUCCCCCACACUCGUCAGUUCAAAAACAAAGGAGAAACAGCUCCACACCAAAACAAGACGUGGAAUAAUCAUCACAAAAUGGGACAG